AUGGUUGUAUAUUCCUUGCAGGUUCAGGCACCCUUCUUCGAAGAGAUCCUCCUCCGCCUCCCGCCCGACGACCCGGCCUGCCUCCUCCGCGCCUCCCUCGUCUGCAAGGCCUGGGGUUGCGCCGUCUCCCGCCCAGGAUUCCGCCGCCGCCUCCACGAGCUCCACCGGGCACCCCCCGUGCUCGGCUUCCUCCACGGCUGCGACGACGACCGCAUCCCCCACUUCACCCCCACCACCGCGUCGUCCUUCUCCCUCGCCGCUCCGGACUCUCGCUCCUGGCGGGCCCUUGACUGCCGCCACGGCCGCGCCCUCUUCCUCUCCAAGGGUGAUGCACAGGAACUCCUCCUGUGGGAGCCAACCACGGGCGCCCAGCAGCGCGUACCGUUGCCCGUGUCGUACGAUGUCAUCUGCCGGUACGAGGAGGUGACAGUGUACGCCACCGCGGCCGUGUUCUGUGCAGCUGACGGGUGUGACCACCGGGACUGCUUCACAGGCCCUUUUGGCGUGUUAUUCGUCUUCUGCGUCGAGCAAGACGGUGACGGGGGGUGUGUCACGUUGACGCGCCUAUACUCGUCGGAAACCGACAGCUGGGAUGAGCCGAGCUGGAUUUUCCAUGACUUGCCCAUGUGUUUUACAUUUUAUUCCAGCGUGCUCGUUGGGAGGUCUCUGCUCUACUUCAUGUCUGAUGAUGGGUGCAUCCUAGAGUAUGACUUUGCAGGUCAUGACCUGACUGUUUUCGACCCACCGAACUAUGAGUCCAUCUACGAUGGCCGAUAUAACAUCAUGCUGGCGGAGGACGGUGGACUGGGAGUUAGCCAAAGGAUGGAUCAGCAGCUCAAAUUGUGGACAAGGGUGAUUGAAGGCGCCGAUGCCCGAUGGGUACUGAGCCGGGUCAUUUACUUGCAAAAUUUGCUCCCAGAUGGUGCUCUCGUGGAGCCAGCAAGUUCAUUGUGUGUGUUGGGCUUUGCUGAGGGAGCAAAUGUCCUUUUCAUGACCACGGUUGCUGGCCUAUUCACAAUUGAACUACAAUCAGAGCGGAUGAGGAGGGUGUGUGAUGAUCAUGCCUUAUGUAAUUUGAUUCCAAUUGUUAGCUUCUACACUCCUGUGCCCCGAGGAGAGCAAAAGGAUCCAUCGUUUGAACCCAGUGAGGAUGCGGGUGGUCAGGAGGGAGGAGUGGAGGAGAAGAAAACGGUAGGUCAGGCACAUCAGUUGUUCGACAAUGGGUCCAACAUUAUCAAGGAGGGGGGCUUUGUGGGCGCCUUCGAUUACAUCAGCCAUGACCUCGAGAAUAGGGUUCCACCAAACGGAGAAGUUGUUUCAGAGUCUACAGACAUGGGUGUAGCGCUAUACGAAGCUCGAGAGGUGACUGGUCCUUUGGGUGAUGUUCCCAAGACUGCAUGA